AUUGUGCACCAAUUUUUUGAAAGCAGGCCUCAUUUCCCCUCUUUCGGAUAUACUCCGGAGUAUACACACCUUUGCGCUCUAUUGCACGCCUGAGAAACGGACUCUCCACCGCCAUCACAACGGAAAGAAGAUUCUUCACCCGUCUAACAAUCUAAACAAUGAUCCAUUUUGUGCUUCUAAUUAGUCGACAGGGAAAAGUGAGGCUGACAAAAUGGUAUUCCCCGUAUUCCCAGAAAGAGAGAACUAAGGUGAUUCGUGAACUAAGCGGCUUGAUACUAACACGGGGCCCAAAGCUUUGCAAUUUUGUAGAGUGGAAAGGGUUCAGAGUUGUUUAUAAAAGAUAUGCCAGUCUAUAUUUCUGCAUGUGCAUUGAUCAGGAUGAUAAUGAAUUGGAGACAUUGGAGAUUAUUCAUCACUUUGUUGAGAUAUUAGACAGAUACUUUGGAAGUGUAUGUGAGCUGGAUCUCAUAUUUAAUUUUCACAAGGCAUAUUAUGUACUGGAUGAAGUUUUGAUUGCUGGUGAGCUCCAAGAGUCGAGCAAAAAAACUGUUGCACGCCUGAUUGCAGCUCAGGAUUCUUUGGUGGAGGCUGCCAAAGAGCAAGCAAGCUCCAUAAGUAACAUCAUUGCACAGGCUACCAAAUGAUGUUCUUACUAUAUGUUGCAAACUCUGAGCGUUUGUGUUUUCUUUUGUUUUCCCUCACAAAUUUUAACUCGGUUCAGUUAUUCAUGUUUUGAUUAGUUGCGAGGGAUAGUGCUAUUAUAACUAUUCAUAUUUUUGUAAAUUGUGCCAACUUUGUGAAUCUACCUUGAGGAAAGUUUCAUACAGUAACAAAACCAUGAAUGUGCUCUAAACACGGAUUAUAAUACUCCAAUCUUGAUUGAUACUCCGUAUUUGCUUUUGUAAGGGUCUCAAUAUUGUUUGAACUUCUUGAUAUUUUCGUAAUUCUGUUCAAGUAUUCUAAACUGUAACACUGUAAAGUAUUUCCACAAAUUCUAAGCAUCAAUGUUUCUGCAAUUUUUCGAUAUUGUGAAUUGCACAACUACCAAUAUUCUCA